AUGCCCAUCAACGGCUUUGUGUACCACUGCCAAAAUCAAAACUUGAACCUCCACCCAAAUUGUAUGGAGCUCAAGAAACAUUACAAAGUCAGAGACGACGACAACAAGGUUGUGUACUUUAACCUUGACAAGAAAGUCCGAGGGAAGUGCACGUGGUGCAAGAAGAAGAGCAUCAAUGCCAACGACCACGACAACAAUGGGUGGUCCUACGAGUCAGAGUGUGGGAAGUACCAUGCUCACGUAGCUUGUGUCCACCAAAUGGUCGUACAUCGCAAAAAGAUGAAUCACCACCAAGUAACACACUCUACUUCUAUUUCUGAAAAAGGUGAAUUUGAAAGCAAUUCUGAAGGAGGUGACGCGGAAGAGGAUAUUUACUCACAUUUAUUCUCUAAGGGGCUGUUUAAGCGAAAGGGUUGGGCGUUGAAGUGA